GAGCAUGGUGCAUGCCUGCAAUCCCAGCUACUCGGGUGGCUGAGGCAGGAGAAUCACUUGAACCUGGGAGGUGGAGGUUACAGUGAGCCAAGAUUGUGCCACUCCCCUCCAGCUUGGGCAACAGAGCAAGACCCUGUCUUAAAAAAAAAAGAAAGAAAGAAAUAACUUAAUAGUUUAUUACAGUUUGUUUAUUCUUCCUAUAUUCAAAAAAAUUUCAACUUACAAGCCUUUCAUUAUAUUUUUGUGUGUGUGAGAAGAUACAUGUGGAGAAUGUAAAAACAUGUAUAAGUUAACAGUUAUAAAAUAUAUAGCUGGCAGUUGCUGUCCUACUCUAGAAUUGAAGCUGGUUUAUGUCUUUUUCAGUGUCUAGUGCUUUUACACUCUAUCCAGUACGAGAUCUAAUACUGUCUUUUUUUGUCCAAAGAGCACUUGAUAUUCUGAAAUAAUAUAUUUCUAUUUCUCUGCAAUACAAAGUGUACUUAUGUAUAAAGAAAUUCCAUAAUCUUGGCCACUUGAAGAAUUCAUAAGCCUUUCUGAAUUUUAACAUUUUAACAAAUUUGUUUAAUUCUGAUUUCCUAUUUGAAAAAAUCAAAGAAUAACCAGUGUGCUAACAUGAGUCAUGUGCUAAUAGCUGACUCAUGGACUGAUCCCUAACCAAUGUAUUUCUACAUUUUUGUGCCUUAGGAGUCAUUGAAAGAACACUGUGAACCAAUUAGUUUUAUUAGUGUGUUAAAAGCCCUGAGAAAAUCUUGCUGGGUAAAGAUUCUCAGGCAGAUCUUAUGAGAAAUUUCCUCAGUAUUUGAAACAUGUGAAAGCUUAAUUUGAAUCCUGUACUGAUUAGUUACUGUCUAUGGCCAAAUUUCAGGUAAGCAUUCUUCUAAGAAACCUGUUGAUUUUAAUAUAGCUGUAAAAAAAUAGGGAAAUUAAAUAGAUAGUGUCAUUAAAGUUCGUUAGGCUGCUUGAAGCCCCAUUAUUUUGUUUACCAUUCAACUAUGAUAGAAUAAGCUUUGUGAAAAAUCUGUUUUGAACCUCAUCCAAAUAGGUUUAGUUAUUGGAAGUCUUACUUAAAAUAUGGCUCCAAGUCACAAAGACUUAAGAUUUGCCUUGACCAAAGGUGAUGUUUUUAUUAGAAGCAGGUGGUUCCAUAGGGAGGAUAAGUAUAUCACACUGAUUUUUUAACAACAGUAGAAAAUAUAGUGUUGUGUAGUAAUAAUAUUGAAUUCUUGUCUUUCCAAAGUACACUUGUUGUUCUGAAAUAAUAUCCUUCCAUUUCUCUGCUCAUUGUUCAAUACACAGUGCUUUUUAGGUUUUUGUUUUGUUUGUUUGUGGAUAUGGGGUCUCACUUUGUUACUCAGACUGGUCUUGAACUCCGGGGCUCAAGUGAUCCUCGUGCCUCAGCUUCCUAAAGUGCUGGGAUUACAGACAUGAACCACCACACCAGCUAACACACAGUUUUGACAAACUGCAAUGUGCCAGUUACCAAGGAUAGGCUGUUCUGAGAAGAAUCUCACAAUUUGGAAAGAGUGACAAUGCUGUCUGAGUGGAGUUGAAUUGGGAGAAUAAGUUUCUUGAAUUAAGGAGAGAAGAAUGUAAUCAUGAUAAUGGCUUCCAUUCUGGAGCUCUUACUACAAGUCUGAUAUUGUGCUUGCUUGACUUGUUAUUUUCACAGCAGCUCUUCAAAGAGAGGGCUUAUUAUCCCCAUUAUACAAAUGCAGAAACUGAGGCACAGAGAAUUUCAUAGCUAUCCAGUAACUGAACUGGGACUCAGAGACAGCAGUCUCAACUCCAGAACCUAUCCUUAUAACGUACACUCUGGUGCUUAAUAAAGGUGAAUUAUAAAAGAAAGAACACUUUUCGGCUAGGUGCAGUGGCUCACGCCUGUAAUCCCAGCACUUUGGGAGGCCGAGGUGGGCAGAUCACGAGAUCAGGAGAUGAGACCAUCCUGGCUAACACGGUGAAACCCUGUCUCUACUAAAAAAUACAAAAAAUUAGCCGGGCGUGGUGGCGGGCGCCUGUAGUCCCAGCUAAUCGGGAGGCUGAGGCAGGAGAAUGGCGUGAACUGGGAGGCAGAGCUUGCAGUGAGCCGAGAUCGCGCCACUGCACUCCAGCCUGGGUGACAGAGCGAGACUCUGUCUCAAAAAAAAAAAAAAGGGAGAGAACACUUUUCUAAAUAUCCUUACAAAUGGAAAUAAACACGUGCCUUUAAAGUUUAUAUACCUGAGCUAGACUACUUUUUCUAUGUGCAUGGUUCUAAAAGGAUGAUUGUCUAGUUUGAAGACCCUUUCCUUAUGCAAAAUAACUAGUCACAGCAUAUAGGAAUAGACAGCCAGGCAUUCAAAGUUGAAUAAGUACCUGCAGUGGACUCAGCUGUUUUAUUUACUGUCACUAACAUGUCAUUAGUAAAUCAUUACAUGUGAAUUUAUUGUGCUCAUUGUGUAGAAAAAGGCACUUAAAGACAGAGAAACAAAAAGUUACUUACCCAGUCACUUUUUAUCAAAUCAUCCCAAGUAGUACCAUCAUAUCUGAGGUUAAAGAAUUUCCAUGGUGGAAUUAUGUUCUAGCAAAAUAAUCUAGCAAAAUAAUAUCUAGAUUAGGAUUCCUCAAACUGAGCAGUAUUGGUAUUUUAUCCUUUGUAAUUCUUUGUUGUGGAGAGCUGUCCUGUGCAUUGUGGGAUGUUUAGCAGCAUCUCUGUCUUCCACCCACUAUAGGCCAGUAGUAAUGCAUACACGUAACUGCCGAAUUGUCACAACCAAAAAUGUCUCCAGGUAUUUCCAUGAGUCCCCUUAGCGGCAAUAUUCUCCUGGUUUAGAAUCACUGCUGUAGAUCACUAAGAAUAAGAUAAAAUCUAUCAAGUGUAUCUUACUUAAGAAGCCACAACUCUUUCUGCCAUCUUUCCGCACCGCCACAAUGGUGUGCAUGAAUGUCCUGGCAGAUGCUCUCAAGAGCAUCAACAAUGCCGAAAAGAGAGGCAAACGCCAGGUGCUUAUUAGGCCGUGCUCCAAGGUCAUCGUCCGGUUUCUCACUGUGAUGAUGAAGCAUGGUUACAUUGGUGAAUUUGAAAUCAUUGAUGACCACAGAGCUGGGAAAAUUGUUGUAAACCUCACAGGCAGGCUAAACAAGUGUGGAGUGAUCAGCCCCAGAUUUGACGUGCAACUCAAAGACCUGGAAAAAUGGCAGAAUAAUCUGCUUCCAUCCCACCAGUUUGGUUUCAUUGUACUGACAACCUCAGCUGGCAUCAGGGACCGUGAAGAAGCAAGAUGAAAACACACAGGAGGGAAAAUCCUAGGAUUCUUUUUCUAGGGAUGUAAUACAUAUAUUUACAAAUAAAAUGCCUCAUGGACAAAAAAAAAAAAAAAGAAGCCACAGAAGUAGGCUGGGUGCUGUGACUCAUGCCUGUAAUCCCAGCACUUUCGGAGGGCGAGGCAGGUGGGUCACCUGAGGUCAAGAGUUCGAGACCAGCCUGGCCAACAUGGUGAAGCUAAAAGUACAAAAUUAGCCAGGCGUGGUGGCGCAUGCCUGUAAUCCCAGCUACUUGGGAGGCUUGGGAGGAGAAUCGCUUGAACCCAGGAGGCGAAGAUUGCAGUGAGCCAAGAUCGCAUCACUGUGCUCCAGCCUGGGCAACAAGAGUGAAACUCCGUCUCAAAAAAAAUAAUAAUAAUAAAAAAUAAAGGUGAAAAAGGAAGCCACAGAAGUAAUUCCCCUAGUAUUUGACAUCCAAUGAAAAUGACUUUUUGGUGUAGGUAUACCAUGCCUAGAAAUUCAUGAAAUGCAGAAAUUCCCCAGUAAUUCUUGUUACACGUGAGUCUAAGGGGGGCCAAGUUAAAAAUAGCAUUUUUUAAGAAACAUAAAAUUCAUGCUCACAAAAAUUCAAGUGGUGCGGAAAUACGACGCAAACAU